CUAUAAUAAGUUAAUUUAAUACAUUUAUUCGCAUAAUUAUUUAUUGAACUGCAUUAUGAAAAAUUAUUGAUCCGAUGAUAAUGGCGUGGAUUCAUUUAUUUAGUUUCCUUUUUUUUAGUGAAGUGAUUUUUCAGUAUGCUUCUGCAAAAUGUGAAACAAAACCUUUGCGGAAUGUUUCAUCUAAAACCGGUCAUUUAUUUGAUUGGCUUCUCAGUGAUGCAAAAAAAUGUAAAGAUACUGAUUUUGAAUAUCCACGCUUUGACGGUUGGCAUCAUAAUUUGGCUAAGCCAGAACAAGGAUCUGUGGGAGAAAAUAUAUUACGAGGCUGGUCAGGUAUAAAAAAAAGCAGCUUUGAUAAAAACAGUUGGUAUUUUGCAUUAAAUCAAUUGCCUCUGCAACGGGCCUCAUUCAAGAAAGAAAUCAAUUCAAUUACUUUACAACUUGGUAAGCAAAUUGUUCAAGAAAUUUUUGAUAUCGGAGAUCCGACCUGUGCUGAAAGAUAUUAUUUUAAUAAGCCAAAUCACGAAAAAAACUAUGCCACACCUUAUAUUGAUGGAGGAGUAAUUUAUGGUACUAACGAUAACCACGACCGAUUAUCAGGAACUAUCGAUAUUGAAAUGAAUACUUUUAAUAACUUCACAUGUGUAGAUAUUCUUCGAACUUUUUGGAUUAAAUGCCACAAUUUGAUUGCUGAAAAACUACUUAAUAAGUGUAGGAAGUGGUCAAAAGCCAAGGUAUACAGUGAAGCUCGGAAAUUUACAAUAGCUUUACAACAAAACAUAUAUGCUUACGAUUGGUUGCCAGCUUGGACGGGCGGAAAAUUGAAUAAGUACAAAAGGUACGAUCCAAUGGCUAAUCCACAAAUUGAGAAAUUAUUCCAAGCUGCAACGUUUUUACUACAGCAUAUUACGGAACUGAAUCUUGAGCAUCAUUACAACGAACGGAGAAAUUAUAAAUGGAAUUCUGAUAACCUUCUAAAAACUAUAUACGGAGCUCAAUAUUCAUCAGUUGAUCCUGAAUUCAAUUUUGUAAAGGAUGAAAAACAAUUCUAUGAUAUUCCAGACAUCAAUCAUGCCAGAAGAAUUUUCAAGUUACCACCGUAUGGUAAUUGGAAAGAAUUCUCAAAAAAUACUGUAAAAGAGGACAUGCUCAUCACUAAUUUAACCAAAAAUGAUAAUCUGAAGCAAGUCGAUUCAUUGCUAGGGGGAAUUGUUGAGUCUACAGAUGGUCCAGGGCCGUUAUUUGCAGAAGUUAUUGUGGAUCAGUUCAGAAGAAUUAGAGAUGGCGAUAGGUUUUGGUUUGAAAAUGAACAAAACAAUUUAUUUUCAAGCACGGAAAUUUGUAAAAUAAAUCAAAUCCUUUUCGAUGAUAUCUUCUUCGUUUUGAUGAACUCCUCUAACACGGAAACACCAAGAAAUUUAUCUAUCCGGGGUAAUACAAAUAGCGAAGUACUAAAAUUCAGUAAAGCUUCCAAUACACAAAUAUAUUAUUAUUCGGAUGAUUUCCUCUACAACCGACUCACUAUAUUUUUCAGUACUUUGGCAGCUUUUUGCUGUGGAAUUCUGGCAUUGUCAUUUGGCUUGAUAUUACUAUGGAAAUGGUACAAAAAAUUCAAUAAAAUCUCACAAAAUGGAAAAAUUGCACAAUUUUUUCAAGAGGAAAGGUUGAUUAGAUAUCCUUUUUUUCUAGUCUAUGAAUAUGAUGGGAGUAACGGAUACAAAAGAAGAGUACUUGUAGUGAUGGACAGACACAAAAAACAGAUCGUUGUUUUGUCUACUGCUGGAACAGAAUUGCGUGUAAUUUUUUUUGACAGAAGCUCCAAAGCUGAAACACAACUUAUAGCAAUAAAGAAAAAAUCAAUACUUAUCUUAAGAUCCAAUAUCUUCAUCGAUCUGGUUUUAAUGUUUCCUUCCCAAAGUGCCAUGGAAGGAUUCACUAAUGAAAUCGACCUUUUCAUGACUGACCAUAUUAGAUGCAUGAAACCAACUCAACUAACUCUUGAAUGGCAUGAAGCAAAACAGCGGAUAAUAACAAAAUCACAAUAUCAAUCUUUAGUAGAAAGGUUUUUCAGGGUAGCUUUUGCUCAAGCAUUUAAAAUUGAACAUUCUAUAGAUGAGAUUCUGGACGUAGACACUCUAAUAGCUACUGAAGUAAUUUAUACGAGAUUAACAAUAGCAGAAUUUGCUGAAUACUUCAACAUGAGCCGCAACCAUGAAUUUAUUAAAAAUGUCUUCUCGUUAGUCGAUAGAGAUCAACAGGGUUCUAUUUGUUUUAGAGAAUUUCUUGAUUUUAUUAUCUUAUUUGCUAAAGCAAAAGAGGAAGAUAAAGUUCGUCUUUUUUUCAAUUUAUAUGACAUUGAUCAGACUCUAGUUCUUUCAAUUAAUGACUUUAAAAAAAUGGUUAUCUCAUUUUCAGAACUGACGGGUGAAAUUUUAACAAAAAGUUUGCUCAAACAAUUAGAGGAAUUGACAAAAGAAAAACUGGAUCUCCGAUUUUUUAAAAAGAUUAUUGCACAUCAGCUUACCAAUUUAUCUCGCGCUAAUUUGGAUCCUCGAAAAUUUGAAAAAAAUAUUCGAAACUUUUUGUCAUCAGCUAGACAAACACUUUUAACAAUGUAUAGUUCCAGUACUGAUUCAGAGACGAAAUCAACAGGAUACACGAUGACAGUAAUAGAUAAACAACAGAAAAAUGUAAUAAGACAUCCAGAGAAAAAGUCGCUUUUCCGAAAAAUUCAUUAUAAUUGGACGGAUAACUUUGAAAAAAUUAUAUGGUUUUUAAUUCUUACCUUAUCCUUAAUAUGCGUUUUAGUCUAUAGGACAUGGAAUUUUUACGUACACUCUAACCUAAUAGGGUUAAGAAAAAUAAUGUUUUCGAUCUCAAAUGCCACUAGCUGCUGUAUUUUAUAUUUACAUGCGCUUUUGUUUCUAACUAUGUGUAGAAAUAUGACUAAUGGUUUGAAAAGCACAUAUUUACCUCUGAAUCAUUUGAACUCAAUGCAUUAUUACGCGGGAUAUGUUUUAGCAUUAUUUUCAUUAAUUCAUGUUGUUGGAAAAACUUGUCUAGUUUUUGCGUUUAUGGAGUUUUUUUUGGAAAGAAAUUGCAAACUCGAAAUUGUGAAUGAUGAAUUGGAAAACGUUAUGAAAUACAAAUGGAAUAGUCCAGUCAGCAUAUCUGGUUUACUAUUAUUUUUUCUAGUAUUCAGUAUUUGUGGUUGUGUACUCAUUAGCCUUAAAUGCCAAUUGUUUGCAGCGUUUUAUUAUGCACAUAAAUUAUAUGCCUUAUUUACGCCUCUAUUGAUAAUACACGCUUUUCACGCAGGGCCAUCUUCAUUCUACGUUAUAAUUUUGGGUCCAAUACUAAUUUAUUUACUGGAUUACGGUAUUGGAAGGAACAAGAAAGAAAUAGUCAUUCCCAUUUUGAAAACAGAGUUUUUACCUUCAAAUGUUAUUUGCCUAAUAUUCCAACGCCCUGUCAAUUUCGAAUUUAAUGUAGGCCAGUGGGUCCGGUUAGCAAUCGGCAAAAAUAAACCCACCGAAUUUUAUCCCUUUAUCUUGUCUUCUACACCGAAAAGUUCAGAACUGCGUAUUUACAUACGACCAACACAUCCAUGUGCGCAUCAAGUUCGAACCAACACUGAGGUGCCAAAUAAUUUAUUUCCACCAAUUCGGGUUCGAAUGAAUGGUCCCUAUGGUCUGGGUCUAAAACAAUGGCGCUUUUACGAUUUUGCUGUAAUUAUUGUAGAUGGUAACAGUGUUGGAUUAUUUGCUUCGAUGCUCAGAGAUAUUCUUUAUAUUUUAAAAACUAAAACAAAAAUCAAUUGUAAAAAGAUAUAUUUUGUUUGGUCAGUAAAAACGCAAAGAUACUCUGAAUGGAUUGUGGAACUAAUCCGAGAAGUGGAAGAAGCUGAUAAUGAAAACCUAUUUUCGUGUCAUCUAUUUAUUACAGAGUUCUAUCAGAAAUUUGAUUUAAGAUCUCUUAUGAUUUAUAUUUUCGAGAAUUAUUAUCAAAGAAUAUCCGGAAGAAAUAUUUUUACAGGCUUGAAAGCAACCACUCAUUUUGGAAAUCCAAAGUAUACCAACAUUUUUGAAAGUAUUCAGGGUUUACAUGAAACGGUUAAUACCGCAGGAGUAUUUAGCUCCGGAUCAGCUUCUUUCAGACGAACUCUAAAAACGAUCUGUAAUCGAAUAAAUCGACACAAUGAAUACAAAUUUGAAUUUAAUUUUAUUGACAAAUUGGGAAUAGAGUAACUCCUGUGAAAUAUUUUAUUUUAUCCAUAUCUAUAUGAAAUAAAGUAAACAUGUUGUGCAUUUGUGAA